CAAACUCCAAUUUGAUAAACCCUUUUGCUGGAACUCUUUGAAAAUUUUUAUCAAACACAAAAAUGCUUACAAGUAACAUAAGAUUAGCAACAAUGGCAUCAAACCCAUUAAUCUUUUGCCAUAAAUUUCCAAUCUUUAAAAACACCCACAUCAGAAAACCCAAAUUCCAUAUACUUAAUAAUGCCACCAAAAAAGAUCAUGUUACAAGCCUUAAAGUUAGAAGCUUUUUACCAUCUAAAAGUUGGAUCAGUGAAUUUGGGUUGCUUCGAAAUAGGUUGAAUUUGGGUCAGAAUGUGUUUCGAGUCGGGUCGGGUGGUGGUGGUGGUGGUGGAAGUGGUGGUGGUGGUGGUAGUGGUGGUUCUGGUGGUGGUGGCGGUGGUGGUAAUAAGUGGUCUUUUAUUGCAUGGUAUCUGGCUCUUCUUGAGGCACAUCCCGUAUUGACGAAAGCGGUGACAUCUGCACUACUGACCCUUGUUGGAGACAUAAUAUGCCAGGUUGUUAUUGACCAAGUUCCAUCACUGGAUCUGAAGCGGGUGUCACUUUUCACGUUUUUGGGAAUGGCGUUGGUUGGACCGACAUUGCAUUUCUGGUACUUAUACCUGAGUAAAUUGGUGACAAUGACCGGAGGUUCAGGUGCUCUUCUGCGGCUUGUAAUUGAUCAGUUUAUAUUUGCCCCUGCUUUUAUUGGAGUUUUCUUAUCAACGUUGGUAACAUUAGAAGGGAGGCCAUCCCAAGUUAUGCCGAAGCUUCAGCAGGAGUGGCUAUCUUCUGUUAUUGCAAAUUGGCAGCUAUGGAUACCUUUCCAAUUCCUCAACUUCCGAUUUGUUCCCCAACAGUUUCAGGUCCUUGCAGCUAACUUUAUUGCAUUGGUGUGGAAUGUAAUUCUAUCGUAUAAAGCUCACAAAGAAGUAAUUGCAAAAUAGGUUAAAAUGGACAGACUGUAGAGAUCUUAUCCUGCUAUUUAUGUUCUCACAUGGUUAAGUUUGUAUAAGCCAAAGGGAUAUCCUUGUAUGCUUUUAACGACUUUUACAUGAGACAAGUUCUUACAUAGGAGUUUUUUUGGGGGAGCUGCUUUUGUUUUUGAAAUCUCUCUUGUAAUUUUGAAGUAACUUCCAUCAUUUAUCCAGACAUUACAUUUAUUUGUUC